AUGGCGUCAGAGGACAAGAUAGAACAUGAAAAACUAGCUCAGCGCAGUGCAAACUAUGUCAUCAUCGAGAAGGAGCUCUACAGAAAGGCUACAUCCAGAGGCAUCUUGAUGAAGUGCAUUAUGCGCAGUGAGGUGGUGCACCCGCGCUGCAACGGACAGAUCGAAUGUGCAAAUAGGAUGGUCUUCAAGUUUCUCAAGUCUCACAUCUUCGACGACGCAUCCAAGUACGCCACCAAGUGGCUACGCGAGCUACACCAUGUCAUCUGGGGCCUAUGGACCCAAAAAAGCUGGGCUACCGGCUACACUCCUUUCUUCAUGGUGUAUGGCUUAGAGGCUAUCUUGCCAUCCAACAUGGCCUUUGGCACCCCAUGCAUUCAGUACUACGAGGAAGGCAAGGCAGAAACAAGUCGGCAGGUCGACAUCGGCAGCCUCGAGUAG